GGUAGCGUCAUCAGCAAGCGACGACAUGGUGUGACGUAAACACAUGAGACUAUCAUCACAUGCAAGCCAUUUCAUGAAAUUAACGGAUGCAAACGAGCUGCUAUCUGACAAAUUGUAGUCGUCAAGGCCAUGUUCCAUAACAGUUCACAAAGAAAAUAUUGGACGUUUAACAACGAAGACGAGUUGGAACAAUUGAGAUAUGAAGCCAACCAGAAGUUCAGGAAGAAGAUAAAAGAAAGCGGAAAGCACCUGCUCAGUGAGUCCAUGUUCCUGGACCGUCACGAAGAAGAAGUUCUCUUCCGAAACUAUGAAAGGACACUGCUGGACUUCUGCAAUGUGUUCAAACCUGCAAUGCCCAAGUCUGUUAUUGGUACGGCUAUCAUGUACUUCAGAAGAUUCUACAUGAACAACUCUCUAAUGGAGUACCAUCCAAAGAUUAUUAUGCUGACGUGCGCCUAUCUAGCCUGCAAGGUGGAAGAGUUUAACGUAUCCAGUAGCCAGUUCGUGGGCAACCUGGUACAGGAGAGCCCGGCCGAACAAGAACGUGCUUCGGAGCAGAUUCUGGAGUACGAGCUGCUGCUCAUCCAGCAACUCAACUUUCACUUGGUGGUCCACAACCCCUAUAGACCCCUGGAGGGGCUGCUGAUUGACCUCAAGACCAGAUACCAUACCCUGGAGAACCCAGAGUCUCUGAGGAAGAACGUGGAUGACUUCCUGGCAUAUGCAGCCAUGACUGACGCGGGGCUGCUCUUCUCCCCCUCGCAAAUUGCACUCACUGCUAUUCUGAGCAGUGCUUCGAGAGCUGGGCUCAACGUAGAAAGCUACCUUACUGAAUGCUUGGGACUCAAGGGCGAGCAAGAGGCCUUGUCCAAGAUGUACGACUCCAUGAGACGGAUCAAAAGCCUCCUGAAACGAUAUGAACUUCCAAAAGCUGACGAGGUGAUGGCUUGCAAGCAGAAGCUGGCGAGGAUCCACGCGGAAUUGGGUCCAAGUUCAAGCAACAAACGCAAGCGGGGGUACGAGGAGGAAGGCCAUGUGGCGAAAGAGCCGCGAAUACAAGAAGAGGAUUGGUCGGAUGAAGACCUCAUGUGACCAAUCGUCCUCAAAGUGACCAAUUUGAAGUCGUGACAAAAUGUCAUUGUGCAUUCGAAAUAAAAUGUUUUUUUUUUUA